AUGUCUGGAUCAAUGAUAGAUGCGAGCUCUUGGGGAGCAGCUUUGGUAAGAAUCUCUCCGUACACAUUCUCCGCAAUCGGAAUCGCCAUCUCGAUCGGCGUCUCAGUUCUCGGUGCCGCCUGGGGAAUUUACAUAACGGGAAGUAGUUUGAUUGGUGCGGCUAUUGAAGCUCCUCGUAUCACUUCCAAAAAUCUCAUCAGUGUAAUCUUCUGCGAAGCUGUAGCUAUAUAUGGCGUUAUAGUUGCAAUCAUACUGCAAACGAAGUUGGAGAGUGUCCCAACUUCAAAGAUGUAUGACGCUGAGUCUCUUAGAGCUGGAUAUGCAAUCUUCGCAUCUGGAAUCAUUGUUGGAUUCGCCAACCUUGUAUGCGGGUUAUGUGUAGGAAUCAUUGGAAGCAGCUGCGCAUUGUCAGAUGCUCAGAACUCCACACUCUUUGUGAAGAUUCUUGUGAUUGAGAUCUUCGGAAGCGCUCUCGGGUUGUUUGGAGUUAUUGUUGGAAUCAUCAUGUCCGCACAAGCAACAUGGCCAACCAAAUAGCUAUAAACCUGUCUGAAACUAUUGUGAUCUUUUGGUAUAUUCAUUGUUUGUUAUAUGGAUACUCUCAUUAGCGUCUAGAAGAAAAACCUGUGUGAGAACGCCAAACCUCUUUUGGAUUCCUGAUUUUUUUGUAUUGUCUAAUAAUUGGAGAGCAUCUUCAUGUUUGUAUUCUCGUUGUUUUUUUCCUUGAAACACAAACAAGAGCUUGUGUAUAUGAUUUGCAGUUGGUUAACUAUUGAAACUGAAUGUUUCAUUGUGAUGACUGCUCCUGAG